UCACUGUGCCUUCAAGAUUAAAGCAGCAGUGGUUUUAUAGUACUCUUAUAGAGUAGAUACAGCAGUGGAACAUGCACAUUUUAGGAAAACAAUUUUUACUUACUGUAAUUUACCUUCACACGUUAAGUGUUAUCUCAAUCUCCGUGUAUUUGCCUACUCAAAUAUAGCACGUUGUCGUUCAAUUAAAAUUUUACUUUGAAAGUUGCGACCGGAAAGUUGAAACUUGUAGUGUAGUUUGGAUGAAAGCUGUCAGUGUUGGAGAUAGAUCCGUAACUUGUGCUGAGAUACUAGAUAGAUAUGUACAGAAAAAGUAGUUGAUGACAGCUCAUCAGUUCAGUCACAGCACCGCUGUCAUUUAAAUCCGAACGACCCACGUCCGCUUCCAGCUGAGUGCAGCUUGCUCUCCUCGUCAGGUUAUCAAUAUGGUCCCAUGGAUUAUUCAGAUGACUGUGAUGGUGCUAUCUGUCUUCAUCAGCAGCGGCCAGGGGAAGAGGGACAAGGAGCUCUACUGUUCUGGAGUAACAAACGCGUUGCACAGCAGCAACCAUCAUGCAAGGCAAUUGCUGACGAACUGAACUACUCAAUCAGUCAAGUUGACCCAAAGAAAACCAUCAAAGUCGGCGGCUUUAGACUCAACCCUGACGGGACCAUGAAAGAUAAAAAGGUACCUCUCGCUCGCUCAGAGACUCACCUCAGCGAGCUCCUGGAUGGGGUGUGCAACAGCAUGAGCGACUACGCCCUCCAUGUGGACCCCGACACACAGCACAAACAGUACAUGAGGUUUGCUCCCAGGAGCAGCGGGGCCACCGGGGACUUCCCCGACUUUAAAAACUUCCAGUUUGAUGGACCUGAGGCAUCCAGUGGCCUGAAAUUCGCAUGUGAAUCCGUCGUGGAGGAGCUGGAGGAUGAUAUCAUCUCUCUGUUCAGUGAGGACACAGAGCAUGUGCACGAGGAGUUAUGCAACAGAGUCUCAGACUACUGUAAAGACAGCAGUCACACAAACGACGAGUUAUAGUUUUAGAUUUUCAGUGGACUAAUGUGGAACCAGCUUUCAAAGGCCUUUAACAAAAUCUGUUUUUGACAAAUAAUUGACAAUCCUUUUAAAUAAAUAAAAUAACAAAUGUUGA